AUGACGACUAGUAACUUCAAAAAUAUUAAAAGAGUUCUCGUGGCCAAUAGAGGAGAGAUUGCUUGUCGUGUCAUCCGUACUUGCAAAGAAUAUUCACUCACUUCCAUCGCUAUUUACUCCAAAGAAGAUAUAGAAUCAUUACAUGUAUGCCAGGCAGAUGAAGCUAUACAGCUAUCAGGAAUAGGUGCAGCAGCAUACAUAAAUAUUGAAGAAAUAGUCAACAUUGCCAAGUCCAAAAAUGUUGACGUCGUUGUCCCAGGCUACGGUUUUCUAUCUGAGAACGCAGUUUUUGCAGAAAGGCUGGCCGAUAAUAACAUUAAAUUCGCUGGCCCAUCCUCUGAAACUGUCGAGCAAUUUGGCUUAAAACAUUUAGCCAGAAAAAUUGCAAUAGAAUCUAAUGUUCCAAUUGUUCCUGGCACGGACCUAAUAUGCCAUGUUGAAGACGUUAUAGGAGCAUGCAAUACGAUAGGCUAUCCAAUCAUACUUAAGGCCACUGCAGGUGGUGGUGGCAUGGGAUUGAAGGUAUGUUACUCUGAUAAAGAUGUCGAAAGGAAUUUUACCGAAGUCACUUCCAGAGGGGCGUCAUUGUUUAAUCAUACCGGAGUUUUCGUAGAGAAAUACAUCGAAAAAGCUCGUCAUAUUGAAGUUCAACUGUUCGGGAACGGCCUUGGAGACAUUGCUACAUAUGGUGAAAGAGAAUGCUCAAUUCAACGCCGUCAUCAGAAGGUGAUCGAAGAAUCCCCAAGUCCGUUCGUAGAUGACCUUGGUUCAAAGUAUGGACUAAGGAAGCUGCUUACAAGCUGUGCCAAGAGACUUGCCUCUAGUGUCAAAUAUAAAUCAGCUGGAACAGUCGAGUUUUUAGUUGACGAUGAUACCGGGCUCUUCUAUUUCCUUGAAGUGAACACAAGACUUCAAGUUGAGCAUGGUAUCUCAGAGAUGGUUUACGGUGUAGAUCUGGUAUAUCUCAUGUUGUUACAAGCCGAAUAUGAAACAAUUGGAAGUGGUGUUCCAAUUGAACAAUUGACCAGCAACCUAAAAUUUGACAAAAAUGGUGUAGAAAUACCUCGCGGACAUGCUUUUGAGGUUAGGAUUUAUGCUGAAAAUCCUGCUAAAGAUUUCGCACCAUGUCCAGGUAUAUUACAUAAUGUCGACUUUCCCGCUGUUGGCAAUUCUCAAAGCCACACAAUAAGAAUUGAUCACUGGAUUUCCACGGGAGCUAAAGCCUCCCCAUAUUUUGAUCCCCUUUUGGCCAAGGUAAUGGUUUGGUCAGAGAAGAGAGAUACCACCAAUAUCGUCAAUGUUCUCGAAAAUACGAGAAUUCAGGGCCUAGUGACUAACAUCGAGUACUGUAUCGCAAUACUCAAGAAUAAUAAAUUUUGUCGAGGUGAGACUCUGACGAAUUUUUUGGAUCAUUUCGAAUUCAAGCCCCUUUUGGUCGAGUUCCUUGAAGCUGGCACCUACACUACCAUACAGGAUUUACCAGGGCGAGCCAAAAUAAGGACAGGAGUUCCUCAAAGUGGCCCUGUCGAUCCACUGUCUUUACAAAUUGCAAAUAUUGUGGUGGGAAAUGAUAAAAAUACUGAAUGUCUUGAAAUUAAUAUGAAGGGACCAGUAUUAAAGUUCCACAGGUCGGCGGUCAUUGCCAUCGCCGGCGGAGCUUUUGAGGUGACCUUGAACGAUAAAAUCAACUUGCCACAAUUUACUGAGCUUUUUAUCCCAUCUGGUUGCAUUGUAAAAAUUGGAGACGCCACUGGGAAAUCGAGUAAGUGUUAUCUAUCACUGAAAGGCGGAUUUCCGGGAGUUGCCAGGUAUUUGGGUUCUAAAAGUUGCACACCAGCUUUACAACUUGGUGGCCACCAAGGCCGUAUCGUAUUUCCUGGUGAUUGUCUUGAAAUCAGUGCAAUUGGAGACAUUAAUGAUUUCGCAACAGGCUACGCUCUUCCACAGCAACUUAUUCCUGAUUACGAAAGUGAAAUAAAUGUGGUGCGUAUGAUAGGGGGACCCCACGACACGGAUGAAAUAGUGUCUCAGGAAGGAAUGGAGCAGUUGUACUCCGUGCAAUAUACUGUCAAUUUCAAUUCCAAUCGUGGUGCCAUCAGGUUAGAUGGGCCUGAGAUGAUAUUCAGCAGAAAACAUGGAGGCGAUGGAGGUGGCCACCCGAGUAACAUUUUGGAAUAUCCAUACCCAACCGGAGGUCUCAGUACUGUGGGUUCUACGUUGGUACUGUUCGGCGUGGAUGGUGCAACACUCUCCGGAUUUACAUGUGUUGCUGUUCCUGCUGAGGUUGACUUUUGGAAAUUUGGUCAAGCAAAAGUCGCCAGUCCCAUUAAAUUUAAGCUUAUCACCUAUAAUGAUGCUAUAGAACUUAGAAAAAGAAGGGAAAGUUACAUCAAAGAGCUCAGUGAGAGACCUAGACAAUCUAAUUUUAAAUUUGACGACGAACUUUUCUCCUAUGAACAAAUUGAUUGUAAGGUUGGAAGGUUUCUUCACAAGCGUGAAAGUACAAAUGACUUACCAUACGUUGCUUUCCGACAAGCAGGCGAAAACAUGAUCAUAAUUGAUUUUGGAACUGAAAAGUUUAGCCUCUUUAAUAAUGGGCGCCAGUACGCUCUGCAGCUAGCGCUGGAGAACUGCCUGCGUGAGGAAAUAGAAUGUAUUGAGUGCAGUAGUGGUGCAAUGUGCAUAACCUUCGAUCCUCUCAAAUUUGAAAGGGAAAUGCUCCUAGGAAAGCUGACUGCUUUGGAAGAAAGCAUUCCUCCGGUUAAAAACCUAAAAGUGCCAUCGAGAAUAUUUCGAUUACCGCUUUGCUUUGAACACAGCGCACUUGAUCAUUGCUUAAAAAGGUAUAUGCACUCACAGCGGCCACAUGCGCCUUAUUUGCCAAAUAACGCAAACUAUUUGAUGAGGGCCAAUUGCUUGGAGACUUACGAGGAUUUUAAAAAGUGUAUUGUGAAUCAACCUGAAGUGGUUGUAGCGGUAUCGUUCUUAUGUGCCAACCCCCUACUAGUUAACACAGAUCCCCGCUUACGUUUCUUGACCUCUAAGUAUAAUCCAGCUAGAACUUCAACACCAGCAGGAACAAUUGGUUCGGGCUCAGUCUCGCAGUCUAUAUACUCAGUCGAGUCUCCAGGAGGCUAUAUGAUAUGGGGCUUAACUUUACCAAACUGGUAUUGGGAUACAUUUUGUAGAAUCCAUGAUAAGCCGUGGCCAUUACAGAACUUUGAUCAGGUGGUCUUUUAUGAGGUCACUGAAGAAGAAUUGACGGCUCUGAAUACCGAUAUCUUGACGAAAAGAACGAAGUUUGAGCCCGAGGCUGCAGAAUUCGAUUUCACUGAAUAUGAAAAGUUUAUUGGGUCAAUCAAAGAAGAAAGUGAAAUUCUAACGCUAGAGAAACGUGAAGCGUUUUCAAAAUUGAUUGAGGAGGAAGAAGCCGAUUUGGCUACCUGGAACGAAGAGAUUCAAAUAGCCAAGCAGUCCAAGGUUGAUGCCAAAGACUUGCUGAAUGCUCCUGACUCCUUAAAAGUUGUAGCUCAUAUGGCCGCUAAUGUGUUCAGAAUCAACUAUAAAAAGGGUGAUGUCAUUAAACUAGCGGAUACCGUAAUGAUUCUAGAAGCAAUGAAGAUGGAAAUUGCGGUUGGAAUCAAAGAUGAACACUCGGAGAAUGGCUCUUAUGAAAUUCUCGAAAACAUCGUUGAUGAAGGUGAUAUUGUUAAUCCAGGAGAUAUAUUGACCGUCGUUAAGCGAACAAAAAAUUGA